GAAGGCUGCAAUUCACAUUCACAGCACAGCCCAGACUUGUUGUAAGCUGAACAUAAAUGGACACAGGGGAUGAGCAAGAGACCAUGCAGCGUGUGAGAGUUGGCCUAUUAAAACCUGAAUUUACUGCCUCAUUUGAAGCAGAAUGCAAUGAACUUGCCUCCUGACAAAGCCCGGCUGCUGCGGCAGUACGACAAUGAGAAGAAGUGGGAGCUCAUCUGCGACCAGGAAAGGUUCCAAGUGAAGAAUCCCCCGCACACGUACAUCCAGAAGCUGAAGGGCUAUCUGGACCCAGCUGUCACCAGGAAGAAAUUCAGGAGACGAGUCCAAGAGUCCACCCAAGUACUCCGAGAACUGGAAAUUUCUUUGCGAACAAACCACAUAGGGUGGGUCAGGGAGUUCUUGAAUGAAGAAAACAAAGGCCUGGAUGUACUGGUGGAGUACUUGUCGUUUGCACAGUAUGCAGUCACGUUUGACUUUGAAAGCUUGGAGAACAACGUGGAAAACUCGAUGGACAAGUCCAAGCCUUGGAGCCGCUCGAUCGAGGACCUGCACAGGGGCAGCAAUUUGCCCUCACCAGUUGGCAGCAGUGCCUCUCGCUCCGGCAGGCACUCCACGCUGCGGUAAGGCACCGAGGCCGUGCA